CACAAGGUAUUCCUUAUCAACCUGAGAAGACCAAAAGGGUAUCAAUAGGCUUAAGCUCACUCAGACAAUAGCGCUGGUAUUCGUCUUGCCAGUAGGGAAGUACUCAUAUAGAGAGCAAGGGCAAAGAAGAAGGAAGCGACUGGAGAACACAAAAGAUGUAUCACCAACAUCAGGGCCCUAGUGAGCUCUUCACUACUAGGACGAGCUUUCCAAUGGAAAGGCAUCUGUUUCUACAUGGAGGAAGUACACAAGGAGAUUCUGGGUUAGUUCUCUCAACCGAUGCAAAACCAAGGCUGAAGUGGACACCCGAGUUACAUCAGCGGUUUGUAGAUGCAGUCAAUCAAUUGGGUGGAGCAGAGAAAGCUACUCCAAAAACAGUCAUGAGGCUCAUGGGCAUUCCAGGACUUACCUUGUAUCAUUUGAAAAGCCACCUCCAGAAAUACAGGCUCAGUAAGAACCUCCAAGCUCAAGUUAAUGUUGGGACAACCAAGAAUGCCAUAGGAUGUGCAGUUGUUGCCGAUACCAUGCCUGGAACAAUAGGAACAAGUGUGCCAGCAAUAAUCAAUGCAAAUGUCAUUCCACAGGCAGAGAAAACUAUCCAAAUUGGUGAAGCCCUACAAAUGCAAAUUGAGGUGCAGAGGCAGUUAAACGAACAACUCGAGGUUCAACGGCAUCUGCAACUACGGAUAGAGGCCCAGGGGAAGUAUCUGCAGGCAGUUCUAGAGCAGGCACAAGAGAGCCUUGGAAAACAGAAUUUGGGUCCUGCAAACCUGGAAGAUGCAAAAAUGAAAAUAUCAGAACUAGUCUCGCAAGUAUCAAAUGAAUGUUUCAGCAGUGCAGUUACAGAGAUUAAAGGAAGUCCAAGUAUGCACAGACUAGAGCCAAGGCAAAUCCAGUUCGUAGAAAGUUCAACCAAUAACUGUUUGACUGCAGCCGAAGGAUUCAUCAGCGAGCAUAGACAACGUAGACAUGGAGUGCUGAAAGCAUAUGAUGAUAGUUCAAUAUUUUGCAGAAAACAAUCUCCUGACCAUGAAUAUCAAUUUUCCCUUAAUAGAAGCCUAAGCGAGCGUAGGAUGAGUCAAGUGCACAAUGUAAAACAGUACCACAGAGGAGAGUUUGGAAGUGAAAGUGAGACAGAGAUGCAACAGGAGUAUAUUACACCUCAAGGAAAUGGCAGAGGCAGCACCACCAGUUCAGCAUCAGGUAGCAAAGAAAGAGAUGCAGACCGACUACAUCCUGGAGAACCAAACGGCAAGAGACAAGUGGUUGAACAUCCAAGUUCUGGGAAGAAGCUUGAUCUCAACACUCAAAACACUGAUGAUAUCGAUCAGGGUUACAGGCAUUUUGAUUUAAAUGGCUUCAGCUGGAGCUGAAUUGCUAAUGUAUGCAAUCUGACCAGAGAAAAGAGAUGAGCAUAAAUUUCUCCA